GCUAUAUAGCUAAUAGUUAGCUAGCGAUUUUUAAAAAUUGAUUGUGAAAUCGUUACAUGAAUGAAAGAGACAAUUUGUUGACUGGGUUGUUUACUACGUUGAUGAAAAAGAAAUUGGCCAUCAAACUUUGUUUCAAAAAGCCCAAAAGAGGAGCGUAGUUUUCCUGUAUACUUCCUACGUCAGUCUGUUUCGAUGUAAAGACGCCACCGCCAUUAUUGGUGUUGUAUUGUUAGGUAAUGUAAAGACCCCGCCGGUCCAAUACCUUUCUUGGCCCUUCCUCCGGCGCCUGUCAUCCCUCCUCCCAGGCUGACGUAUGCGAGGAUCUUCGCUACCUACGCAUGUGGGCGACAAGCUGCCGCAAGUAUAAACAGCUUGCGGGACUCCCCGGGUUCCACUCCCCUGGAGGCAAGGCUCGGAGACUCGGUCCCCAGAGCUGAAGGUCAGCAGAUAGCAGCAAGCAGGCAAACCCUCGCCGCGCAGGCUAACUCGCUUUCGGCUUUGGCUCGCGAUGGAGACUCGUCGGACUUUGAGGAGCUCCAGGAGAAUAUGCCACAACUUCAAAAGCGGACUGUCGCUGUGGCUGAUCCUGUGGCUGCUGGUAGCGAAGCCCAGCAGUGUGGCACCAUGCCCCAGGCUUUGUGUGUGUUACCCUACACCCAUGACGGUCAGCUGUCAGUCCCAGAACCUCACCAUCGUACCGGCCGGCGUGCCCUACGACUCGCAGCGUGUCUUUCUGCAGAACAAUCGCAUCACAGAGCUCCGUGCCGACUCCUUUGGUUUCGAAACGCAGGUGCUUUGGCUCUAUGGUAAUAACAUCACAUGGAUUGAGGCCGGGGCCUUCAGUAACCUGAGGGUUCUGGAGGAGCUGGACUUGGGUGAUAACCCCUCACUUCGGCGCCUUGAAGGUGGAGCAUUCAGGGGUUUGGAGAAGCUGCAGAGCUUGCACAUGCACCGUUGCAAGUUGGCCAUGCUACCCCACGACCUCUUCCACAAGCUGUACAGUUUGCAGUUUCUCUACUUGCAGGACAAUCAGCUCCAUAUCCUGCAGGAUGACCUGUUCUCAGAUCUGGUCAACCUCACCCACCUGUUCCUCCACGGCAACCGCAUCCGGACCCUGUCUGAGAAUGUGUUUCGAGGCCUGGUCAACCUGGACCGACUGCUCCUCCACGACAAUCGAAUCAGGCAGGUGAACCGCCGCGCUUUCCGCGAUCUCGGCCGCCUGACGAUCCUUUACCUGUUCAACAACUCGUUGGCUGAGCUGCCCGGACAGGCCAUGAAGGACACCCAGGGCAUUCAGUUCCUCCGCCUCAACGGCAACCCCUGGUCCUGCGGUUGCGAGGCCCGCCCCCUGUGGGAGUGGUUCCGCACGUCUCGCAUCUCGUCCUCCGAGCUGCUGUGCUUGUCGCCGUCCCAGCGUCGUGGGCAAGAUCUCAGAUUCCUCCGGGAGCUGGACUUUGCUCUUUGCCCCUUGCCCGACCCCGGCUCUCUGGCCGGUACCACCACGACCACCUUUAGCACCAAGACCCGCUGGUGGUUCUCCAAGCAUAAGCCCGCCUCUUCCUCCAAAGCUUUGUACCAGAAGAACACGGAGACGGUGAAGGCCUUCCCUUUUACGGGAGGAAAGUCGCAGUAUUUCCCCAAAAGUCCUUUCGAUUCUCCAAAGUAUGAACUAUCAGAAGCCGAGGUGGCGCUCCCAAAGCUCGACGCGGAGGAGUACUGGACCAACUACGGCAACGAAGAUGCCUCCAUCCGCUGCUUUGAUACCGAGUGCCCCCCUGGCUAUGAAAAUCCAGACUUCACAUCCUCACGCUCUUCUUUGACAACCGUUCCAGUCCUCCUUCACCCUCUCCACUUCUUCAUCGUCGCAUUCUUCCUCCAUUUCCUUUUUGGUUGAAUCCACUUUUCCUUCAACUUCCUUUUCUUUUCUCAUUCCUCCCUUCUCCUCCUUUCCACACAAAAUAAAACCACGGGAUCUCCAUCCCUUCUAGUCACCUCCUGGAGUUGCAGGUGAGGAGGAAGACGCACGGCAGUCAGGCAGGAUCUGCGUCCAAAGCAGAGUGGAGGUGAUGGAAAGGCGGCAUCUUCUGCUUCUUAGCAGAGCGUCUCAGAGACCCAGAAGGUCCUGAGUGAGGCUGGUGAGCUUGUCGUCGUUUUGCUUUUACGUCGAAGCAAACUAUGCAGAUGUUAUCUUCAUUCAUUCUUUUUGUGGAGGUUCUCAAUAACCUGUACCACUGCUAGCAUUAGCAUCGCCCGUGUACACCAUGUAGACCAGGGGUCUCAAACUCCAUUUACCUGGGGGCCACUGGAGCUAGGGUCUGGGCAAGGCUGGGCCGCAUCAGGUUUAAAAAAAAAAAAAACAGAAAAAUAUCCAAACUUUUUCAGUGCUUUGGUUUCGAUUUUCUACAAUAAAAGCUCUGAUAAAACAUUCCACUGUUCUCAAAUAUCUUAAUUUUUAUUUUAUACACAAAAUAAGAUAAAAAUAAAUAAACAAAUCAAGAAUAAAGAAAAUCAAUCAAUCAGUAAUAAAUAAAUAUAAUAAUAAUAAUAAAAACUUAAGAAACCACAUAUAGUUGGUGUGUAGACAAAUUAUUUUUUUCAUAUUAAAAUGAACAAAGCAUUAUUAGAGCCCUGUAGACAUGACAAAACACGACUAUAGUCACAUUUAUACUUUUUUUUUAAUUUACAACAUAUUGUGCAACUGCAGCGUCUCGAGACACAUGCUAACUCGCAAACUAGACAGCUAGCGACCUAAACGGUAGCCUUCGAGUUAUUUCCUUUUAAACUUAAAUAGCCAAAAACUUACCACUUCCACACGGAUAGGGAGGAUAACUAUUAACAGUUAUUUAACCUUUAACAUGAACAUGAAUCAAACGUGAUAAUUUUUUCUGGGUACAUGAUACCAUACAGCAUCCAUAUCACUAACAUUAAACUUUCAUAUCAAGGCGGGGGCCUCAAACUGGUGUCCUGUGGGCCACAUUUGGCCCGCGGGUCGCAUGUUUGAGACCCCUGGUCAAAGGUGUCUUGGUUAGGCAGAGAUGUGAGUACGAGGCGAGUCAAAGGGGAUCCGAGAUGAGCUCUGAUUGGUUGAUUUCAUGGUGGAAUCCAAUCAUGUAUGUUUUCCUACGGAGACGUCAUUGGGAGAUGUUAGAUGCUCGCAGAAGAAAGAGGGCGGAGGCGUUUGCAGCCAAGAGAGAUUUUUUUUUCUGGCUGCUGAUUCCAAGUUGUGUGUAUGCGUGUGUGUGUGUGUGUGUGUGUGUGUGUGUGUGUGUGCGGUCCCAGAGAUGCCAUCCCAGCUGCCCACACUGGUACAUGCUACUUGCAUCACACCACACAUGUCACGCAUGUCUCAUGAGCAUCUCCAGUAUGAUAAACUCAUUAUUGACAUUUCUCUGUCUUGUUGCUUAUACAGUAUGAAAUGUAGUUACUAUUAAAUAUAAUCAUUUCUUAUUUUACUUCCCAUAGCAGUUGGAAAUGAGUAUAAUACUUUCUUAAAUGAAUGUCUUAUAUAGAUAAUUAGUUUAUUUAGAAAAAAGUCUCCUCGUUUUGUAAUUAGAGCGUAUAUUUUAAGUGUGUACGCAUUGUUAGCUGCAGUCACCACUGCUGUAUUCUGUGUUU